UGUCUUCCUUCCGCCUCCCAAACAAGAGUAUUCUUUUCCUUUUCUUGUCUUCCUUACCUCCACAUAUUUUCCACUCUCCCAAACAAAGUGGAGCAGACCAGACCAAAGGCUCCGUCAUUCCCUUUUGCGGCUAUCCUAUCCUAAACUUGACAUUCUAACCUUUCACUCGCCGGAUAAAAUGGAGGAUUCCCUUCGCAGUUCCGGCAACUUGUCCCGCAAGGUCAUCUCCGUGGCCGCCGGCGAAGCUCACACUCUUGCCCUAACAGGAGAUGGGUACGUGUAUUCGUGGGGAAGAGGAAUGUUUGGGCGACUCGGGACCGGUUCGGAAUCGGAUGAGCUUUCCCCAGUUCGAGUCAAGUGUGAAACUUGCAAUGAAUCUGAAGAGAAAAGGCUCAAGUUUGUGGGAAUUGCUGCUGGUGCUUAUCACAGUAUGGCUCUUGCAGAUGAUGGAUCAGUUUGGUGCUGGGGUUAUAACACCUAUGGCCAACUUGGUAUGAAUGGAGAGAAUGCUGUGGUGCCUCACUUGAUGGAGCAGUUUCUAAGUCCAAGCAGUUUUGAUUCUGUAACAAAUGAGUCGGAAACAAAGAGGAAAGUGCCAUUAAAGGUUUGUUCUGUUAAAGCUGGAGGAAUGAUGUCUCUGGCAAUUGACAAUCUUGGGAUGCUAUGGAUGUGGGGCAAUUGCCCACAGCAAAGCGGCAGUUGUGAGAGUGGUUUCUCCCUAGUGAGCAGUUUCACUCCAAUUCCUGUUUGGGAUUUCCAUGGCCACGCUGUUGUGAAAGUGGCAUGUGGAAAUGAACAUGUUGUAGCGUUGGUUAGUGUUGGAGAAACACAUAAAGGUGAACAUCUAGUAUGCUACACUUGGGGAAAAAAUGACCAUGGCCAGUUGGGUUUGGGCGAUAAAGAGAACAGAAUUCAUCCUGAAAUUGUUGAAACAUUUAACCAGGACUCUCCCUGGGCUGUUUAUGAGGUGGCAUGUGGUGCAUUUCAUACUGCUUUGCUCACUCGCAAAAAGAGACCCAAUGACAAAUUAGAAAAUACAUGCUGGACAUUUGGCCUGGGUGAAAAUGGACAGCUUGGUCAUGGAACCACUCAAAGUGCAUUGAAACCUGAACGUGUAAAUGAAUUGCCCCAGGAUGCAUACCUGAUCUCUGUUGAUUGUGGUUUAUUUCAUACUAGUGUUGUUUCAUCAGCUGGAGAUUUGUGGUCAUGGGGAAUGGUGAAAGGGCUUGGCCUCUGCCCAGAUGCUACUUUUACCGGAACAGAUGCAGGGGAUGCUAUGUCACCCCUGCGAAUAAGAGGGCUGCAAGAACCUAGAUUUCAUGAUCCAAUUCAAAUUGUUUGUGGGGCAGCCCAUACUGUUCUUGUUGCAAGUGAUGGAUAUAAGCUUUGGUCCUGGGGAAGGGGAAGAAGUGGGGUCCUUGGAACUGGGAAGACGAUUGAUUUUGUUGCUCCCACUGUUGUGCUGUGGCCUCCAUUAACAGAUGAUUUCAAAGACCGAGAAUUGAACAAAGAUACUGAGGAGGAUAAUCUCGAAAACAAGGGAUCUGAAGAAGCUGCAGGAACGGAAAAAAGAUUGUCUUUGGCAAUGGAGGAAAUGAAGCUCCUCCAAUCAAAACUUUCUAUAAUGGAAAAAUAUGCUGGCAUACUUCAUAGUUCAAUUUUUGGUAAACCUUUUACAGAGGAAGAUAUUCCAAACUCGUUGAGAAACUCAGAUACUUUUGACAUUGCCAAAGAAUGGGAGGACAUGUUAGAAUCAGCAGAUCGCAGUAAGCUUAUUAGGUUGGAACUUUUCUACCGAAACAUGCUUGCAGGUGUCAAAGAUAAGCAGAUGAAAAGAAGGAUCCAAGAGAUCAUAAAGGAGUUUAUCCCUUCUUCAACCACCGAAAAUUAGUGCAAUAAGAAGUGGAAUGGUUUUUUGUAUAAAAUGGAUGAAUCAUCUGCUACACCUUAUCAUUAUGCUGUGUUUCAUCUGAAUCUUGUUCCUGUGUGAUCCCAGAAGAUUGACUAGUUCUUGUAACAACGUAAUAUAUACCUAUACCCAUGGAAAGGUGCACUAGAACAAUGGAAGCUGCUUCACGAAAGGCAAUAAUUAAUUCCCUUCUAUGUAUUCUAAUGGAGGAAAGGAAUAUAUGUGCGUCAGCAUUGUUAUUGCAGAAGCAAUAGUUUGCAAAGUCAAACUUUGUUCCUUACCCAGCAGGUAAGAAUUACAUGAUUUUGAAAGUUCCAUCAAUUAAAAAGAAGAGUCUGCAGUUGUCUCCAGCAAUAGCGUUUAAAUUGAUUGUAAAAUCACUGGUGGUACUUGGAUUGGCACCAAUUUCAUAGAAGAAAAUGAAAAAAGUUUUUUUUUUUUUUU